UGGCACUUCUUCCGAUCUUACCACGAACCACCAUCACAACCACACAACCACCAUCAUGUCCACCAAUCCCACACAAGGCAACGACCCCUUCUUCCGACCCAUCGGACAGCACGUCGAGGAUGACGAGCAACAGACCACAGGAGAGGACGGACAGCCACCCAAGAUGGUAGAGGAGAUUGAGUCUCUCUGCAUGAGGUGCGAGCAGAACGGAGUGACCAGGCUCCUCAUGACUUACAUUCCGUAUUUCAAGGAGGUCCUCGUGGCUUCUUUCCUCUGUGAGCACUGUGGCGAGAGGAACAAUGAGAUUCAAAGCGCUGGAGAGAUCCAGGAGAAGGGCUGCAUCUAUACCGUACACAUCAACAACGCAAGCGACCUCAACCGACAGGUAGUCAAGUCUGGCUCAUGUACCGUCAACAUCCCCGAGCUAGCCAUCGAGAUUCCACCCAAGCGAGGUCAGCUUACGACCAUCGAAGGCUUGGUAUCUGAUACGCUGCGAGACCUCGAGCUUGAUCAACCUCUCCGGAAACACAUGCAGCCCGAGGCAUACGAGAAGAUCGAAGUCCUUUGCAACAAGCUUAGAGAUAUCCUCGGCGAGGACAGGUCCGACGCCAUCAAGCCAGCAGGUGGAGAGGCAGAGGCACAGGAGGAUGCCGCUGGCAGCUCUGCCCAGGCUCAAGCUGCCGAGGCCGCCGGUAUCAAGAGCCAUGGCCCGGUCGGGGGUUCCAAUGCUAGACAGGAGGGCCGGACUUUCCCACCCUUUAGCAUCAGGCUAGACGACCCUUCUGGAAAUUCGUUUGUCGAGUUCCUGGGAACCAUCCAGGGACGGGGUGUGUCUGAUGCCAAGUGGACCAAGCGAGACUACCCACGUACACGGGCACAGAACGAGAUGCUCGGUCUCGCGGGUCCCGCCGAUCCCAAUGCCAAGCCUAUCAGCAGCAGGAAGGUCGCUUCGCUGGAAGAGGCUGCAGCCGCUGCUUCCUCGUCCGGAGGAGGCUUCAGCAAGAGCGAAGGCGAGACUGACUUUGAGAAUGAAGAGAUUUACACUUUCCCUGGCGCUUGCUCAAGCUGUAACGCUCCGCUUGACACGCUCAUGAAGAAGGUCAACAUUCCUUACUUCAAGGACGUGAUCAUCAUGUCCACCAACUGCGACUUCUGCGGGUACCGAGACAACGAGGUCAAGUCAGGCACAGCCAUCUCUGAGAGGGGUCGAAAGCUUACUCUCAAGGUUGAAGAUGCAGAGGACCUCACUAGGGACAUCCUGAAGUCCGAAUCUGCUGGCUUCUCCAUUCCCGAGAUCGACCUCAAUCUCUCUCCCGGUACGCUCGGAGGCAGAUUCACUACGCUGGAAGGUCUUUUGCAGCAAGUGUACGACGAGCUCUCGGAGCGAGUGCUCAUGCGCGGAGACUCUUCGUCGAACAGCACUGCCUUUGAGGGCUUCCUCGGCAAGCUCAAAGCAGUCAUGUCCGGCGAAGCCUGCCCCUUCACAGUCAUCCUCGACGACCCUCUCGCCUCUUCGUAUCUGCAGAACCCAUAUGCUCCGGAUGUGGACGAGCAGCUGACGAUUGAGGACUACGACAGGACAUGGGAGCAGAAUGAGGAUCUGGGACUCAACGACAUCAAUGUUGAGGAAUACAAGAGCGAUGGAGAGGAAUCUCAUGCACUUGGCCCAGAGCCGUGCUUCAUCUGA